AUGCGACGGACGGCCUGCGAGCUUGCGACCUUCGCGCAGGGCGAGAUCGCCUACUUCUUCCGCAAGAGCGAUGCGACCGCGCGCCUCAAUGAGCUCGCUAAGCGCGUGACGAGCGAAGCGGCCGACGACCACAUCGCCACGGACGAGCUCGAAGAGAAGGUGCACACGAUCCUCGAACUGGCAAUCCAGCGCGUGGCCGAGAAGAUGGCGUGGGACCUCCACCGCAAGCGCGACGCGACGCUCGAGUCGGUCGGGAUCCCGGCGCUGCUCGAUCUCUGCACGGACGGCGCCACGCGCGGUUACCUCAUGCUCAACGCGCCCUACAAGAUCCUCGAAGACCUCAUGGACUGCCAGACCAUUGUUGUCUGCGAGCAGCUCUGGGGUCUCCUCGAGAGCCGGCGCAGCCGCCUCACGACCACCGACUUUAUCCAAGCAGGCAAGAACAGCAAGGCGUCGCUCUGCUUGCUGCGCAUGUGCAAUGCGCUCCUCCGACGACUCUCCAAGACGCACAACACGGUCUUCUGUGGGCGCAUUCUCAUGUUCCUCGCCUACACCUUCUCGCUCUCGGAGCGUUCGGGCGUCAACCUCCUCGGCCGCUUCAACACGAGCAACGUCACCAAGUACCAAACCGAAGCUGAGUUCCAAGCGUCCAUGGAACAGGCGCCGUUGGAAGAAGCAACCAAAACGAGUUAUGCGCUGUACAAGGUCUUUUGGGAUAUGCAGCGCUUCCUGAGCAACCCAACCAUCGUGGCCGACAGCGAUGCCGAGUGGACGACGCUCUUUCAACAGCUCGAUGAUGUGCUCUCGGCGUUCGAGUCCAACCCGUUCUCGGACGACGACAUUGACCGUGCGCGGGAGCUCCAGUCGCAGUCCGAAGACGACCAGAAGGAUCACUUUUUCCAGACCAAGUACUUGACCAACAGCCGCCUCUUUCACUUGCAGCUGCGCGAUCCCGUCCUCCGCGAGUGCAUGCUCACACAGCUGCUGAUCCUCUUUGGUCAUCUCGAACGGUCCAAAGUCCCCGCCGCCGCCAGCAAGACGUCGCUCGAAGACUGCUUUGACCGUGUCUUUCGCCUCUUGGAGAAGAACGUCAACGGCCAGCAGUACAGCGCGAUGCUCACCGAGGUGCUCGAGCGCGAGCGCAACUAUGUCGCGUGGAAGCUUGAAAAGUGCCCCAAGUUUGAGCGGCGUCCUGACCCUGCGGAUGCGACCGACGGCGACGUGCCGCCACCAAAGCGGCCGAAGGUGAGCCGUGCACCGACGAUCGCGGAAGGGAUCUUCAAGGAGGACGAUCUGCUGCAGAGUAUCCUCGGAGCAAACCGCGCAACGGUCAAACCUCUGAAGGAGUUUACGGACCAGUUUGAGAUGGCGUGGGACCCCGAAAAUGGCAUCGAGCGCGCGUACUGGCCCGACAACGACAAGAUGAUUUGCUGGAAGACCAUGCGCAGCUGCAUGCGGACGCAGAUCGUACACUUGAACAAGGCUGUCGACGGCGUCUCGGCCAUUGUCAAGAGCGUCUUGGGCAAGCCGGCAGAGACGCCAGUGGAGAUUGAAGCGUCGCCGCUGCCGUCGCCCGUCGCGGACGACGAGACCACGAAGCUGGACGACGAGACCACGAAGCUGGACGACGCCAUGGGCGAGGACGCGGCGGUGGACGCCGCAUAG